CUCCUUCUACCUUACUAUAUCCAUGUCCCCCCGUACACCUUCGCUCUACAGUCAAGAUGAUCCUAUUACUGAGGCACUCAAACCACCACCUUCAGAGACGGAAACUGAAAGGCAGAUUCGAUUACAAGAGGAAGCGGAAGCAAAGCGCAUUUCUGAACAGAUUGACGAGGACUUGAGACAGGAAAGAGAGGUUUUGAGACGGAGACGGGGAGAGGUCAAGCUGCUUUUACUCGGCCAGGCGGAAAGCGGGAAGUCGACACUCCAGAAGCAAUUUCAGCUCAUGUACAGACCUCAUUCCCUCGAUGAAGAGCGCGUGUCCUGGAAGACCGUGAUAUAUUUUAACGUCGUACGCUCCAUCAAGCAUAUCUUGACUACUCUGGAGUCUUGGGAAGGUGCGAUAGAUCCAGCCGAGUACGGGUCAAAGUUCGGGAAACCUGGUCCCAGCACUUCGCAAGCCCAUGCGUCUUCUAGGGCGUCAUCACCAUAUAGAACUCUAAGCCCAGUUUCCUCUUCCAAGUCCGGAAUCUCUGCUAUGCGUUUUAGGCUCCUACCGCUCAUAGCUAUGGACUCACCCUUGGCUGACCGCUUGAGUGGAGGCGUCACCGUGUCAGGGUCUGGAAAGGGCACAGUGUUCGUUCGAAGUGGCUGGCAGUCACGUACCGUCGACUUUGCACUUGGCCAUAGACGACCACAGCCAACUGAAAAUCAUGGCAAAGCUCCGGAAUCUGUGCAGGAUGCUCUCACGGUGGACGUCAGCCGCAUGCUUGAGGCAUGUCAAGACGAUAUCAAAGAGCUUUGGGCACACCCGACCGUCCGCAAUUUGAUCACAGGUAGACGAUUGAAGCUAGAUGAGUGGUCUGAAUUCUUCCUACACCACAUCAACCGCGUGUCUGCUCCUGACUACAUUCCGACAACCGAUGACAUUUUACAUGCCCGUAUCCAAACCAUGGGAGUUGCUGAACACAUAUUCGAUGUCAAUAUACAUGGCAGGACGGUAUCAUGGCAUCUUUUCGAUGUGGGAGGUGCACGCGGCCAACGCCAUACUUGGGUUCCUUUCUUCGACGAUGCCAACGCCAUCAUCUUUGUGGCUCCCGUUAGUGCUUUUGAUCAGUAUUUAGAAGAAGAUCCGCGGACGAACCGGAUUGAUGACUCCCUCCAACUCUUCACUCAAAUUUGUUCCAAUCCUCUGCUGAAAAACGUCCACCUUGUCCUCUUUCUCAACAAGACCGAUCUUUUGAAGGCUAAGAUUGAUGCAGGCUUGCAUGUAGCCAAAUACAUCACAUCUUUCGGCACCAGAAAAAACGACUACGAGACAGUUGUUCAGUAUUUCCGUGCCCACUUCCUACAAGUGCAUCGUAGAAACAAUGAAAAUCGACGGGUGCUUUACACCCAUUUCACCAGUGUUGUGGACACCAAAGCCACACAGCGCAUCAUUGGAAAUGUCCGGGAUGCAAUCUUCCGCGGUUACCUGCAGUCGGCAGCCCUCGUCUGAAAUGGCUUUUGAGAUAUGUCCCGGUCCGCACCUCUGCCUCCGUAGGCUUCCCCCUAUACAGUUCGCUCUUUCAUUAUUGUACUUGCUGGUUAUCCGGGUGGUUGUAGCAGGGUUUAACCCAAUUCGUCCCUCCCUCCUUGUUCUUCCAAGUCUUAGAUGUUGUGUUACUAUGUUAUUCUGUUGCCGUUGUUCUCCCGUACUGUAGCCCUUGCCCGGAUGGGGGUGGCCAUUGUAAAAGGUAUAAUUGUGUAUGGUUUAUUGUAUGUACCCUCUAAUAAUUACGUACGAUCACGGCGAGUUUCAUCGCCGUUGGCAACGAUAAC